AUGGCCUUGCCCUUUUCCUUGCUGAUGGCCCUGGUGGUGCUCAGCAGCCAGUCCAUCUGCUCUCUGGGCUGUGAUCUGCCUCAGACCCAUGGCCUGGGUCACAGGAGGGUCUUGAAACUCCUGGCACAAAUGAGAAUCUCUCCUUUCUCCUGCCUGAAUGACAGAUACAACUUUGGAUUCCCCUGGGAGGAGUUUGAGGGCAACCAGUUCCAGAAGGCUCAAGUCAUCUCUGUCCACCAUCAGAUGAUCCAGCAGACCUUCAACCUCUUCAGCACAACAAAUUCAUCUGCUGCUUGGAACGAGACCCUCCUAGACAGACUCCGCGCUGAACUUUAUCAGCAGCUGGAUGACCUGAAAUCCUGUGAGAUGCAGGAGGUGGAGGUGAAAGAGACGCCCCUGAUGAAAGAGGACUACAACCUGGCUAUGAAGAAAUACUUCCAAAGAAUCACCCUCUACCUGAAAGAGAAGAAAUACAGCCCUUGUGCCUGGGAGGUUGUCAGAACAGAAAUCACGAGAUCCUUCUUUUUAUCAGCAAACUUACAAGCAAGAUUAAGGAAGAAGGAAUGA